AUGUUAUCACAUAUUUCACAUUCAUCCUUUUUAAGAUUCUUUUCAAAAACACCAACAGAACAAGAUUUAAUGCUUUCUGGAGAGCUUUAUGAUUCAAAAGAUCCGGAAUUACGUUCAUUGAGGACAACUGCUAGAAAUUUAUGCAUAGAUUAUAAUAAAACAUGGCCAUACGAAAAAGAAAAACGCAAACAAAUUCUAAAAUCAUUAUUUAAAGACGACACAGAUGUUUACAUUGAACCUCCAUUCAAAUGCGACUAUGGAAGUAACAUUAAACUCGGCAAAGGAAUUGUAAUGAACUACAAUUGCACCAUUCUUGAUGCGUGCAAAGUAGAAAUCGGUGACAGUGUUUUAAUUGCACCUAAUGUUUCAAUUUUCACAUCAAAGCACCCUAUCGAUGGAACUUUGAGAAAGAGCAAAGAGUUUGUAUCCCCAAUCAAGAUUGGAAACAAUGUUUGGAUUGGUGGAAGUUCAACAAUUUGUCCAGGCGUUUCUAUUGGAGAAAACAGUGUCAUUGGGGCAGGAUCAGUUGUUACUAAAGAUAUUCCGGCUAAUUCUGUUGCAGUUGGAAAUCCUGCUCGAGUUAUUAAGAAGAUUGAAGUUAUGAACGAGUAA